CUGCCAUCUCGCGUGUGCUUGUGCCCUCAGGACAUUUGAAGUCUACACAUGUCUGCGAGCAAAAGGGAAGAAGGAAGGCUAUCGAGGACCAGCAUACAAAUGGUUCAGUACACUGGGGUAUCUGCGACUGAUGAACCAGUACCAUCUGGCGUCAAACAACAGCACUACCGUGCAGUUCUCAAGAAUGGCGCCUGCAACCUGUAUCCAAACCACUUGUUUCAACAUACAUGGCGCUUUGUCCAGGAUUCUGUGACCACCAUUGUGGAUAUGCAGUGGCGGUACGCGCUGUUCCUAUGCACUUUCUGCUUCUUCUCCACUUGGACAGCAUUUGCUUUUCUGUGGUGGUUCAUAGCGUAUACACACGGAGACUUCGAGCAGACUCAUCAAAACUCCAGUGAUUGGACCCCAUGCGUCACCGAGCUAUAUAACUUCACGUCAUGUUUCCUGUUCAGUAUGGAAAACCAGCAUACUACUGGGUUUGGUUCCCGCAUGCCAACAGAGGAAUGUCCCGCCGCCAUUAUUCUAAUGUGCGUGCAAGGCAUUGUGGGAGUCGUACUACAGAGCAUCCUGGUUGGUCUAGUUUUCCUGAAGAUGGUAAGGCCGAAGCAGAGAACUCGUACCCUGGAGUUCAGUCACAACGCUGUGAUAUGUCGUCGUGAGGGCAAACUGUGCUUCAUGUUUCGAGUUGGAGACCUCCGCCGCUCGCACAUCAUUGAGGCAAAGAUGCGAGUGCUGUUUGUGCACACUUGGACUACUCGGGAGGGAGAGGUUAUGUCCCCUUACCGUACUGAACUCAAGGUGGAAGACACGUCAGAUGUGAAAUCCAAUUUCUUCUGUCUUCUUUGGCCUGAAACUGUGGUCCACUGUAUUGACAGAGCCAGCCCACUUCAUGAACUCUCUGCCGAUGACCUUCAAGACGCCAAUUUUGAAAUUAUUGUUAUAAUGGAGGGUACAAUAGAAUCUACUGACCAAAGGGUCCAGGCAAGAACUUCAUAUCUGCCAGCAGAGAUUUUGUGGGGACACAGAUUUGAACCCGUGGUAAGUUAUGACAAGAGCCAAGGCCGUUAUGAGGUGGAUUACAGCCGUUUUCACUGCACCCAGCCAGUGGAGACACCUCGCUCAAGCGCACGAGACCAGUAUGGUGAUAACAGAGAAGAGGAAUGUUACAAGCAGCGACGUCAUGUUGAGAAUGUAACGUGAUAAGCUGCAUUCAUUGCAGGGACGAGGACGCGUCGUCGCUUACUGACGUCGAACAUUAUGUUAUCAUUAGAAAUUUACUUCCUACAAAUUUAAACGUAUUUCCGGUAUUUAUAUGCCGGUGGGGAAAUCAUACACACACAGGAACUUCCGUAAAAUUGCCUAUGCAUUAUUCUGAACACAAGUACGUAUGUGAGGCAUCAAACGUGGUAGGUGGACAGUAAAUACAAAAUGUUAGGCCGUGUCAUACCUCAGGCGGUUAGUCGUCGGCUUCCCGCCUUGGCGGCCCAGGUUCGAGCUCGGGUCACGUAGGAUUUGUG